UGAUACAUAAAAGAAAGGGAUUUCCACCUUAGAACCGAUCCCAUUAGAAACCUCGAUUCGAACCGCUUCCCCAAUCCUGCACUCGUUCGGAUUUCUCUAGGAAAAAUCCUGCCUUUCCCCUUUCCUUGCGACCGUCCACUGCCCUCUCGGUUUCCGAUCGCCUCCCCCAUCGAGUUGGCGGCGAUUCCGUCGAUUUCUCGAUCCGCCGUGAUAUUUGGCCAUCGUUGGUUCGCCGGUGGCCGGAAAGUUUUGAACUUGGGGGCUCCGUUGUCGGUGUUUUCCCGGGAUGGGCGACCUGGAAUCCUGGCCGCCGCUGGCCGACGCCGACGCCUCGGGAGGUCAUGAAUCGCUUUAUUCCCAUCCCCAGCUGCCGAAUCCGCAUCCUUCUGUGAUCAAGGCCGAGAAUUGGAAGCGGGCAGAGGAGGCUACUCGAGAGGUUUUGUGGUACAUCCGGCCGACGGUCGUCUCCGAAGAAAGGCGGAAGGCCGUUGUUGAUUAUGUGCAGGAGCUGCUCAGGACGCGCAUGGGGAGUAGGGUGUUUCCAUUUGGUUCAGUUCCUCUGAAGACGUAUCUUCCUGAUGGAGAUAUUGACCUGACUGCUCUAGGUGCCCCUAAUAACGAAGACAUGUUGGCAAGUGAACUUUGUUCUGUUCUUGGAGAAGAACAUAAUAAGGUUGCUGGGUUUGAAGUGAAUGAUGUUCAACUUAUUCGUGCUGAGGUUAAAGUUGUGAAAUGCAUCAUGCAGAAUAUUGUUGUAGAUAUCUCAUUCAAUCAAAUUGGUGGGCUUUGUACACUUUGCUUUCUCGAGAAGAUAAAUGAAAAAAUUGGAAAGGAUCAUCUAUUCAAACGUAGUAUAAUAUUGAUCAAGGCUUGGUGUUACUAUGAAAGUCGCAUUCUUGGUGCCCAUCAUGGUUUGAUAUCUACUUAUGCAUUGGAGAUUUUAGUACUUCAUGUUUUCCAUCUGUUCCAUGAGCAAAUGGAUGGUCCUCUAGCGGUUCUCUAUAGGUUUUUGGAAUACUAUAGUAAAUUUGAUUGGAGCAAAAACUGUAUCACUCUACAAAGCGCCAUUUCUAUUUCUUCAUUGCCAAAACUAGUAGUAGAACCAUCGGAAACAAAAGGAAACUAUUCGCCACUUACCGAGGAAUUUAUUGAAAAAUGUGUAGAAAUGUUUUCAGUUCCAUCAAGGAUGUACGAAAACAGCUGUCAAGCAUUCACACAGAAGUACCUGAAUAUUGUCGAUCCAUUGAAACCAAGCAAUAAUCUUGGGCGCAGUGUUAGCAAAAGUAAUUUUCACCGCAUACGCAGUGCUUUCACUUUUGGUGCUCGAAAACUUGGUCGGAUUCUUCAAUCAUCUUCUGAAAACAUUGUAGAUGAAGUUAAUUUGUUCUUUAGAAAUACUUUAUGUAGACAUGGAAAUGGGGAAAGGCCAGAUGUGCAAGAUGCCAUUUCUAGUUCCCCAAAGAGUGGAUCUGCAGAUCAUGUGGGAGUCAAAUAUAGAUCAUCAAACUUAAAUGCUGAAUAUUUGAACAAGGAUUCUCAUUUUUCAGGUUUAACAAACCAUGAUUCUAGCAGAGCAUUGAUUGAUGUGAUAAAUAACAUAAAUUGUUUUGACUUGGGUGAGGAUCACAUAUCAAAGAAGCUAGAUGACAAGCAUUCUGCCAAUCCAACUAUUAAUGUUAACAAUUCUAGAAGUGGCUCCGUGGUGUUUGAGGAAGACAUUAUAAGUAAACAUUCCACUGACGAUGCUAUAGAUCUUCCUUCCACAAGAGCAUUUGAUUCAAGAUCAUUAGAUGAAAGUUUUAAGCCAUCGACAUCUGGAAAAGUUUUUCAUGCACCCCACUUGUUUUUCUGUUCAAAUAACAAUCAGGAUGAUAACAUACUGGGCAAUUCAAGUACAAGAGAUAAUGUUAUGGUGGGCAUGCCUUCAAAUAAAUCUACAUCCCCUUGUAAUGAAAUGGGAUAUGAGGUUAAGUCAACUAAUAGUGCAUCCUGGCCUAGAAAAUCCACCUUGGCUGCACCUUCUAGUUUUGUUCAUGAAUCACCAUCAUCAAGCUGGAAUUGCAGAGAUUCGUCCCUAGGGGGCUGCACAAAUGAUGGUAAGUUAGAUGAUGCAAGUUCCAGUUCUGAUAACUUAUCAAAUCUCUCUGGUGAUUUUCAGCUUUAUUGUAGCAAUCUACUUCAUGCUCAGGAGUUCCAAGAGUGUUUUGUCAACUCUUGUUUAGUACCUGUCUAUCAUGCAUCAUCUUCUCCAUAUCAAAACAAGCAUUCCUGGAAUAUGCAAAGCAUGUAUGCUCAUGGUGCAAAUGGCCUUGUCCACAUGCCAUCACUUCCCCCAAGUUAUUAUGUGAUCCCACCCCUAAUUUGUAAUGAUUAUGGGGUCAAAGAUAUCACAAAAACAAGGGGAACUGGUACCUAUCUUCCAAACACGAAUUCUCGUUCAUACAGAGAGAGACAGUUCUCAGGAAGAGGCUGGAAUCAAAUGCAAGCAAAUCAUCUUCAUAGAUACCAUAGAAAUGGUCAUGGGAACUCACCAUAUUAUGAGGGUUCAUCUGACGAAAGGAAUCAUGUUCCACCUCCACCACCUCUACCUGCUAGUUUUUUUAGAAAUGGUCAUGGUGAUGCAAUUCCAUUGGAUCAACCCGAGUCUCCUGGCUCUGCUUUUAUGGUGGUUUCCCCUGAUCCUGAGGGCAAACUUGAAUUUGAUAAUUUUGGUCCUGUUACAAUGGGAGUUUCAUCUUCAGAACGGAGUAGCAAUCGUGAGUCAGCCAAUGCUGUUGAUAGGGGCUCCAGAUCUUCUAUACCUGCAUCGACAGUCGAAAGGCCACAUAGAAGUUUGAACAAUGAAAGGUUAACUCAACCCUACCAGCUGAAGGAUGAUGGUGACUUCCCUCCACUGGCAGGAUGAAAGGCAAGGGGAAUGAAUCCUUGAGCAUUUGGAGCAGUUGCUUGAGCAAUAGCAUUGCAAAUGCUGGUGUAAAUCCUUGUUGCUAGGGGUGGUGAAUUAGUAUACUGUGUACAUUCUAAUGGCCUUUUCUUGAGAGGUUUAUGACACCAUAUUGUUAUGGUGGAUUUUAAUACGGUCAGAAUAUUUUUUAAUCCCAUUUUCCAUUAGUUUGUUGAUGCAGUCUAGCUGAAGAAGAAUAAAGAAAUGGAGCUGUAGAAAAUUAUUGUUCCAAGUUUUAAUAGUUAUAUCUAUCUAUAUAUGUGAUGUACUUUUUUCCUUUUAUA